GAUGUAAGUGGAACGUGGGAUUGAUGGAAAUGCUCUGAGAACCAGGACAUACCCGACCAAAACUUUUCCAUGGAGGGCUUCCAGACCGUUUGGGCUGACUAUCGUGGAGGGAUAAGCUCAGUCAUGGAGGACGUUGAACAGUGGUUUCAUGACCUGCGCAUUGCAAAGCGAUCUACACAGAAAACUGAAGAUUCAACCUACCUGCUGGAUAUUGACUGCAUAAAGUCACCCACUGAUCAGAAUAGUCAAUUAGUUGCUGUUUUGUGUUCCAACCACCGUAUCCGUGUCUACAAUAAACAGACUCUGGCUCUGCUUCAACAGUUCCAAGGCCACUCUGCUCCUAUUAGUGGGAUAAGAUUCGCAACAACGAACAGCCAUUUACUAUUCUCUGCUUCUUGUGAUGGGACGCUGAAGUGCUGGGAUGUGCGUUUAUCUAGCACGGAGGCAGUGCAGAUUUAUAAAGGCUAUCCUAAUAAUGCAUUUACCAGCUUUGAUAUUAGCUGUAAUGAUGUAGUUAUCUGUGCUGGAACGGAAAAGAUUGAGGAAGAUACUUACAUGGUUUUCUGGGAUGCCCGAAGUGGAACCAACACUGAUAGUACUGGAGGUCAAGAACCUCUUGGGGUUUAUUCAGAGACCCACAACAAUGAUAUCACGCAAAUCCGUUUCCAUCCCUCCAAUCCCAACAUGGUGGCUUCAGGCUCAACCGAUGGAUUGGUCAAUGUUUUUGACAUCAGCCAAGAAACUGAAGACGAUGCUCUCCUUGCAACUUGCAACUCUGAUUCUUCAGUCAGUUUUGUUGGUUGGUCUGGUAGUCAGUGGGAGCAGAUAUUUUGCUUGACCCAUGACGAAGGUUUCUUUCUGUGGGAUCUUGACCAUCUCCAUAACGAUGAGCCCAUCACACUUGUUAAAAUGCAGGAUGCCAGAGAGAGCUUGAAAUUGGACAGUGGCCACUUGGACUACCUGAUUGGAGGGCUUUACCACAAGGAAGCUGAUAGUUUGUUCGUAUUAGGUGGCAGCCAUAAGGGGAAACUUCACUUCCUAAAAUGUGAAGCUGGUGCCCUUGCCCACAUGAAUUCACUACAUGACGGACACUCAGCAACAGUUCGUGCCUUUUACUGGGAUGUUGAAGAUAAUUCUUUACUGACGUGUGGGGAAGACUCUCAGCUAGUUUUAUGGAAACCAAAUGCCAUAGAAACGACCACAGAAAAGAAGAUAGCAAUGAAGCUUCCAUCAGAUGUGCAUCGAAAAAUGAGAGUUCACAGUAAAAUUACUUACAAAAGCAAGAAAUAAGAACAACAGGCAAAUCUUUGUGUUUGCCAUAGCUGACUUCCAGGAGAUUAAAUUCUGCUUUGCUGAGAAAUAAACAAUUCUUCAUAAAUAUUGGGAGUUCAGCCAUUCUAUGGCUACUAAUAUGCAAAUUUUAUUUUGCAUCCAAACAAUGUGCUUUUAAUUGGAUAAACCUCAUGCAAAGCAAUAACAUUCAAGAAGAUAGCAAGUAUUGGAGUUUCAUCUGCUUAAGUCUGGUUUUCUUAUUUUAACAUUAAAAGCAUAUCCUUAUAUCUUUUUUUUAGCACUGAAUGGUAAAAUUAUAUUUUUACAAGCAUUUUCUAUUGGAAUAUACCUUGUGUUACUGGUGAUUCAAAGUAUUGAUGGCACAUCAGUGAAAAAAUUCAAACAAAUUGGUUGUACAAGGCAAUUGAUUUUAUUUAUUUGUAACUCAUUAAAAGUAAAUUAUUCAUUUCUGUAGGGGACUGUCAGUCUUCUGUGUUCACCGUGAUCUUGUGCACAUUUUCCAUGGAUAAUUGUACAUGUUAAAUGUGGAGCAGAGCAAUAUUUUAUCUUUUAAAUGGACCAUUCCCUCAUUGCCAAUGAAAUUGUUCUGCUUGGGAGAAACUGACCUAGCAAUAAACACUUCUAGUUGGAGUAGCAUUCUCUGCUACCCAUCACAUUGAUAAGAUAUUUCCUAAUUCCCUUCGAAAAUAAUCUCUUUGUGGUUUUAAGAUUAUGGGCCCUUCUGUGUGAUGCUUCAGAGGAAAUAAUUCCCAGUCUAUCCUGUACAAAAGCUCUUGCCACUGAGAUGGUUGAAGAAUAUUCUAAUAAAGGGACUAGUCUUUCAAAUUGUCCUCGGUUUUUAAAUCGUGGUUUGAUUCCAGUGAAGACACACCUAAUUUUCCUUAAGUGGAGUAUUCCAAUAGCAGUGCUUCAGAUGAGAACUAAUUUCGCUUCCAUAUAACUCGAGCCCUACCCAUUGGCACAGUAUUUUACUGCCCAUUUCUUUACCUGUGUACAAUGUCAAGCUUUAAAACUGUAUCAACUGAGCAAAUGUUCCCAUUUU